GUGUGGGCGCCUUUUGCAGAGGCACAAUGCAUAUCGAUAUACGUCAUUUAGUUUUCAUGGCCAGCAGAACAUUAUUAGAACGCUGAGAGAAACAUAUUAAACCAAAUUAAGAAGAUGAAUUCUUUUGAAGCGCGUAAGAAUGUCGAAAAGAAACGUUGAUAAAAAGAAAUUCGAAUUCACAAAUCGCCGUUUAAAACAAAAGAUUGUUUCUCUUUUGCUGGGUGAAGGUUAAUCAAAGACGUGCACACAGGUAACCUAGUAAACCGUUAUCCUCGCUCACGCACAUAUCUUUGUUCAGCGGGGGAUAAAUGACGAUAAAUGCGAUUAAACCGCAUAUAUACGUAUACUUCCAAAUGUGAAUAGCAAGAUCAAAUGUUGUUCUUGUAACUCGCCCCAGCUCAGGCAGGGUUGAGCUAAUUGUAGCCUAAUCCUGCCCCGGGGCGUUUGGAGAGCCUUGAGCAAGAAUUCUUGUUCAGCUGUCCUCUGUUAUUCGGGCUGGAACGCUGUGCCUUCAACGCACUCUCACGCUUCAACAAAAAAGGAGCAAGAAAGAAAAAAAGCGAGGCUAAGACACGCCACGAUCGAUCUCAUGUUUUAAAGAGGGCUGAAGAUACAUUUACAGCUAUGUCUUCCAAGGAGGGAAGGAGCAUGUCUCGGCUGUCUUUGACCCGGUCCCCAGUGUCUCCUCUGGCCGCUCAGGGAAUCCCACUGCCGGCUCAGCUGACUAAAGCCAACGCUCCAGUCCACAUUGACGUAGGCGGGCACAUGUACACCAGCAGUCUGGCCACCCUCACCAAAUACCCAGACUCCAGAAUCAGUCGCCUGUUCAAUGGCACAGAACCCAUUGUUUUGGACAGUCUGAAGCAGCAUUAUUUUAUCGACAGAGAUGGAGAGAUAUUCCGCUAUAUCCUCAGCUACCUGAGGACCAGCAAACUGCUUCUUCCUGAUGACUUCAAGGAGUUCCAGCUGCUGUAUGAGGAGGCUCGGUAUUACCAGCUGACGCCCAUGGUGAAAGAGCUGGAGCGCUGGAAACAGGACCGGGAGCAGCGGCGGACGGCUCAGCCCUGCGAGUGCCUGGUGGUGCGGGUGACCCCUGACCUGGGCGAGAGGAUUGCCAUCAGUGGGGACAAGGCACUCAUAGAGGAGAUUUUCCCAGAGACAGGGGAUGUCAUGUGCAAUUCAGUCAACGCCGGCUGGAACCAGGACCCAACCCACGUUAUUCGCUUUCCGCUGAAUGGCUACUGCAGGCUCAACUCUGUGCAGGUUCUGGAGAGACUGUUCCAGAAAGGCUUCAGCAUGGUGGCGUCGUGCGGCGGGGGCGUGGACUCCUCCCAAUUCAGCGAAUACAUCCUGAGUCGGGAAGACAGACGGUGUCAGACCAGCCACACGCCCAUCAGGAUAAAACAGGAGCCUCUGGACUAGCCGGCUCUUGCGCCAACCACGAACACCUCAGUCUGCUUUGGAAAGAAAAAAAAAAAAAAAACGCCA